GAAGUUCACAUGGAGCUGCUGGUCCUGUGUGUCUGGGGGAUCUUACUACUUCUGGGGCUGUGGGGACUGCUCCGGGGCUGUGCCCAGGACCCCUCCAUGACCCGUCAGUGGCCCCCCGGGCCUCGUCCUCUGCCAUUCCUGGGGAACCUGCAUCUGCUGGGUGUAACCCAUCAAGACCGGGCACUGAUGGAGCUCUCAGAACGCUACGGGCCGAUGUUCACAAUCCAUCUGGGAUCUCAGAAGACCGUGGUGCUGUCGGGCUACGAGGUGGUGAGGGAGGCCUUGGUUGGGACUGGGCACGAGCUAGCCGACCGGCCCCCAAUCCCCAUCUUCCAGCUCAUCCAACGAGGUGGGGGCAUCUUCUUUUCUUCUGGAGUUCACUGGAAGGUGGCUCGCCAGUUCACGGUGCGCACACUGCAGAGCCUGGGUAUACGACAGCCACCCAUGGUGGGCAAGGUGCUGCAGGAGCUGGUCUGUCUUAAAGGGCAGCUGGACAGCUAUGGAGGCCAGCCCUUUCCUCUGACCCUGCUGGGUUGGGCACCGUGCAACAUCACCUUCACACUCCUCUUCGGCCAGCGCUUUGACUACCAGGAUCCUGUGUUUGUGUCCCUGUUGAGUCUCAUUGACCAGGUCAUGGUCCUGUUGGGCUCACCUGGCAUACAGUUAUUCAACACGUUCCCCCGGCUGGGGGCCUUACUGCGGUUGCACAGGCCAGUCUUGAGCAAGAUCGAGGAGGUGCGCACCAUCCUAAGAACCCUCCUGGAAGCGCAGAGACCACCCUUGCCAAACGGCAGUCCGGCGCGGAGUUAUGUGGAAGCUCUGCUUCAGCAGGGCCAGGAUGACCCGGAGGACAUGUUUAGCGAGGCUAAUGUUCUGGCCUGUACACUGGACAUGGUCAUGGCUGGAACAGAGACUACGGCAGCCACACUGCAGUGGGCAGUCUUCCUGAUGGUUAAGCACCCACACGUGCAGGGUCGUGUGCAGGAGGAGCUGGACCGAGUGCUGGGCCCUGGGCAGCUACCUCAACCAGAGGACCAGCGAGCACUGCCCUAUACCAGUGCUGUGCUGCACGAGGUCCAGCGGUACAUCACACUCCUGCCCCAUGUGCCCCGCUGCACGGCUGCUGACAUCCAGCUGGGUGGCUACCUGCUCCCUAAGGGCACCCCCGUGAUUCCUUUGCUGACCUCAGUGCUCCUGGACAAGACGCAGUGGGAGACUCCAAGCCAGUUCAACCCAAACCACUUUCUGGAUGCCAAGGGAUGCUUUAUGAAGCGGGGAGCGUUCCUGCCUUUCUCCACUGGUCGCCGGGUCUGCGUUGGGGAGAGCCUGGCCAGGACAGAGCUCUUCCUGCUGUUUGCUGGCCUCCUCCAGCAGUACCAUCUGCUGCCCCCACCCGGCCUCAGCCCCGCAGACCUGGAUUUACGGCCUGCCCCAGCUUUUACCAUGCGGCCACCCGCCCAGACCUUGCGCGUGGUGCCGAGAUCCUAGGGUGCUCACAGACCGGAAAACCACCAGAGCCUAGCCUGCCUCUCCCUGAGGUUGCAUUGCAGGUGAUGGGAUAGUUGUAGCAUCCCUAGCAAUGAAUGAUGAGCAGUGGUCCCUCUGGACCACCAUAGCUUUUAUGACCAGUGUACAGUGUG